AUGAAUUUAUUUAUUGGAAUUCUUAGUAAUUUAAUUAAUGAUGAUGAACAUAAACAUAUUGCUUAUUUGAAUUUAUUAAAAGAGAUUAUUGUAGAAAUUGAGUUAUUUUAUUUAUUACCUCAUCAAAGAAGAAAAGAAAAUUGGUUUCCAUUAAUUGUUUUCUAUGAAUGCCAAACACUUAUACUUCGAGAGCAUAUAUUGUAUAUUAAAAAAAAUUGGAAAGGAUAUAAAAAGCCAUAUUUUUCAGAAAAUCUUAAUAGAAUUCUUCGACUCCCCGAAGAACCACCAAAUCUUGAACAAAUUCAGUAUGACAUAAUAAAUCUAAACAAAUCACAGGAUAAUAAUAAAGUUAAAGAUCCAUCAAAAUCAAUAGAUGAAAUUAACAGUUUAGCUAUUGCU